CCUUCUGGGCAGCUCCUCCUCCGGGGACUGCGCCAGGCGAGCCCGGGGACUCGCGGCCUGCCCGGCCGUGCGGUGCGGGGCCAUGGCGGAGCCGCGGCCGGGGCUGGCGCUUCGCUUCCAGCGCCCGUUCCUGGCGGCGCGGCCGCUCCGCUCGCUGCCCUGGCCGGAACUCGAACAAAGCCUGCGGACUGCGCCGGACUCCGCGCUGCUCGCGGAUAUUCUGCACAAGACAAUUCUUCACCCUCUGUGUGUGAAAUAUCCCCCUUCAGCCAAGUACAGGAGGUGCUUCCUGACCGAGCUCAUCAAAAAGCACGAAUCCACAGCAGCUGAACCCCUGGAUGAACUCUACGAUGCACUGGCAGAUGUUCUAAAAGAAGGAGAAUCUACUCACUGUUACAAAAACUACUUACUGGUGCUGCUGUUGAUUGUAAACUCUAAACCCAUGGUCUGUGCUGAUCCACCUUUGCCUUCUCGUGUCCUGCAGCCCACGGGGGACUGUGUGAGCCUCUGUGAGAGCACAGCGCUGAUCUCCGGGGGCACCACGGGGCUCGUCACGUGGGAAGCUGCUCUGCACCUGGCCCAGUGGGCACUGGAGAACCCCGGCGUGUUCAGGGACAGGACAGUCCUGGAAUUAGGGAGUGGGAUUGGUUUCACUGGAAUUGCCAUCUGCAAGACCUGCCAGCCCAGGACAUUCAUAUUUAGUGACUGCCACCCCCGUGUUCUCAGACAGCUGGGAGAAAACAUCCAGCUGAACGGCUUCAUCCCGGAGCCUGCCGGGACCUGGAGCAUCCAAACAGAGUCCCAAGGACAGGAGGUGGAAGGAGAGAACUGCCAAAACCCAAAAGUGAUUGUUGCUGAGCUUGACUGGGGCUCAGUGACAGAAAAACAACUGCUGGGUCUCAGAGCUGACGUUGUCAUUGCAGCAGAUGUGGUGUAUGAUCCUGAGAUAAUUUUAGUCCUCAUUGGGAUGCUACAGAAACUCUCCACCUCCAGAGCAGACACAAAAGCUCCUGAGGUGUUCAUUGCCUUCACAAUCCGAAAUCCAGCCACGUAUCAGCUCUUCCAGGCUGAGCUGGAUAAAGUUGGGAUCAGGUGGCAGAUGAUUCCAGCCCACAGCAGCUGUAAUUUUCUCUAUGAUGUGCAGCCAGAUGUAACUAUUCUACAGUUAUUUAUAUAAGCUUGGCAAAUAGAACUGGAAUUUUGAGACCAACAGGAGCUGUGUCAGCCUUGUAACAAGAUUAUCCUGAAUUCUGGAAACAAGAGAUUCUGAGGAUACAACUGUACACGUGGACAUGUGGAGUUCUUCCUUCCUGUAAUUCCCAGCGUGGAUCCAAGCCUGCUGCUGCCCCUGGGAAGCGAGUGAACCCCAAGCAACAGAAACCAAAAAGCCCCAAUCACACUUGGACUCUAUAGAAGACAACAGAAUUCAAGUGGGGUUUUUUUCCCAGCUGUGUUGUGAUUUUUAAGUGUUGGGGGCAACCUGCAGGAUGAGGAUCUCCCACAGACAAGGGAGCAAAACAAUGGUUCAGAGUAAUCGAUGGGUUUUGAUAUUAAAACCAGCUCUAAUUGUCUGCUCUGGUCUUUUAUACUUGUCUGUACAUACUUGCAGUUUGGGUUAUCUUAAAAAUCCCCAAUAAACAGUGACCAAUACCUGCA